AUGAAGUCUCUAUUCUUACUAACAAUCUUAACCCUUUCCGCAACCAAAACCAUCCCCUCCAGCCGCAUCGCCAACGGUUUCGAGGCCACUCCGGGUCAGUUCCCGUAUCAAGCACUACUGAGCCUGUUCGCCGACGGAACCACGAUCCUCUGCGGUGGAUCGCUGCUAUCCCAUCGGUACGUUCUAGCCGCAGCCCAGUGUCUGUUCAUGUCCGAGGAAGGGUUCGUCCUGUUGGGGGCCCACAAUCGACUCGCGGAGGAGAAUCACCAGGUGAGGGUGGACGUUACGGCCGCGGACUUUGUAGUUCACGAGGAUUUUUCCAUACCUAUGAUGAGGAACGAUAUUGGACUGGUGCGAUUGCCGGUUGAAGUCGCGUUCUCCGGGUAUGUUCAACCGGUGAAGCUGCCUCGGUGGUCGGAUGGGGACUUUGCUGGAAUGGUGGGGACCAUCGCUGGGUGGGGUACCAGGUCCUGUGAGUCUGUGACGGACUUUUCGGAAGUGCUGAACUACGUUAUCAAUCCGAUCUACAGCAAUGAACAGUGUCAAGGGAUGUUCUGGUUGCCUGGGUUGAUCGCGGAACAGAACGUCUGUUUGUCCGUACAGGGUGGAAGAACGGCUUGUGCUGGAGAUUUUGGGGGAGCUGUUACGGUGCAGGAAGGUGGGGACGUGAUUCAGAUUGGGGUAUUCUCGUUUGGAUCGGUGACGGAAGGCACGGAAGGGAUUCCAACUGCCUGUGCCAGAGUGAGCUAUUUUUUGAAUUGGAUUCAGGCGAAUUCCGAUGUGAUUAUUGAAGUCUGAAAAUAAAUAAAGUUGAUGUUCCUUG